AUGGCGCCACCACAUCAAGGUGAAUCCGAUCGCCGGCCUCCUCCUCUCGGCCUCCGUGGGCUUUCACGGGUGGCUUUCCAACCCAGAUCGUCCCCACCAGGAGCAGUUCCUCCUCCUCGUCCUCUUGGUCUCACUGGGAGCGCGUCGAUGCAAUCUUUCUCCAUCGGCACUGCUGGCUCCGAGCCGUAUCCUCCUCCAACGACAUUGCCGCGACGGCGCGUGCGAGGCCUCGCACGCCCAUCUCGUCCUCCGGCACCUAACGAGGCCGGUUCCUCGAACUGGAGUGCCUCCGUCGGCGGGGCCGGGGCAGCCAGCGCAGGGAUCGUAAGUUCUACGUUCGUGGGGUUUAGCCUCGUCAAUGGUGGCGGCGGGAUCUCGUUCGGCAGUGGCAGCGGGAUCUCGUUCGGAAGUGGCGGCAGUGAGUCCAUGGGCUUCACUUUUGGUUCCGGCGCAGGUGGCAUAAGGAUCAGAGAUGGAUCCUCCCGUGCUGCCACCACAGAAGGUAUACCCUAA